AUGUAUUUUAUAUAUAUAAACACCACCACCCACAACACCAACACCCACAACACCAGCACCAUCACCAACACCACCACCAACACCACCACUGCCACCACCAACACCAUCGCCAACACCAUCACCAAUACCGCCACCAACACCACCACCCACAACACCAGCACCAUCACCAAGACCACCAUCAACACCACCACUGCCACCACCAACACCGUCACCACCACUGCCACCACCAACACCAUCGCCAACACCAUCACCAAUACCGCCACCAACACCACCACCCACAACACCAACACCCACAACACCAGCACCAUCACCAACACCACCACCAACACCACCACUGCCACCACCAACACCAUCGCCAACACCAUCACCAAUACCGCCACCAACACCACCACCCACAACACCAACACCCACAACACCACACCAUCACCAACACCACCACCAACACCACCACUGCCACCACCAACACCAUCGCCAACACCAUCACCAAUACCCACCAUCACCAACACCACCACCAACACCACCACUGCCACCACCAACACCAUCGCCAACACCAUCACCAAUACCGCCACCAACACCACCACCCACAACACCAACACCCACAACACCAGCACCAUCACCAACACCACCACCAACACCACCACUGCCACCACCAACACCAUCGCCAACACCAUCACCAAUACCGCCACCAACACCACCACCCACAACACCAACACCCACAACACCAGCACCAUCACCAACACCACCACCAACACCACCACUGCCACCACCAACACCAUCGCCAACACCACCACCAACACCACUGCCACCACCAACACCAUCGCCGACACCACCACCAACACCAACACCACCACCAUCACCAACACCACCAACACUGCCACCAACACCACCAACAACACCAACAACACCAACACCACUGCCACCACCUCCACCACCUCCUGGCUGCUCUACUCCCACCCCACCGACAAGCGGUGCCGACGUGACUUGGGCGUCUAUCUCAACCCUUCGCCCUUAGACCCGGCCGCUUGGCGACCUCCUUGGCUGCUCUACCGAGGACCUUGCGGUUACUCCGACUUGGCCGUGUGUCCGGAGCCUGACCCGCUCUUUGGCUGCUUGUUCGAGUGCGGCGGCGCCAGCAGCUGCGAGGAGAUCGCCUUCUGCCUCUUCACCCUCCGCCCGCUCCUGGACACCUGCGGUUUUUUCCGGCGCUGGCUAGAGCUGCUCGAUGCUUUUAGACCAGCGGCGUUGACCUGGGAGCCGCUCGGCCCGGCUUCUGCAUUUGGGUUUGAUGGACCCUCAUGGCCCUGGGGGCUCCUGGCACCCCGUCCGGCCCUGGUUUCUCUGCCGAGGUCUGUAGAGGCAGCAAAGGGCCUGGGGAUGGCCGAGGCAGGUCGAGAUGAGCCGAGAUGGGCUGAGAUGGGCUGA